AUGGCCGCUGAAGCAUCGAAGGACUUUCGUGCUGUUUUUGACCCCGAGAAACAGAGCAUUGAACGCGAACUUGCUGAACUUAACACGGUCCCCAAGGACAAGAUCCAGGCGGUCGUCGACAAUAUUCUCCAGCGGAUCCAUGCUCUAGAGAAAACAGUUACCGACAAGAUCACUGUCCUUCCUCCAUACGAUGUCCGCAUCUGUUUAGAGGCUGUGAAAUCCAUGUCCGAGACACUGAGCCAGCUUCGCGGCAAGUUAGUCCCGAAACCAAAGUUUUCCUUCAAGUCGCGCAAGGCCCUCACACCGACACCAUCUUCUCCCUCCGCCUUGGCCGUGUCCAGCACCCCCAUUGCUUCCAACAAGUCCCCAAAGCCUUCAGAGUCCACAAUUGACGAGCGCCUGUUCAUGAAGUUUGAGGACCGUGUGGGCGAACAUCUCUUCAUUGGGACCCUAGAAGAUCCUGAUUCCACUGCUCAAAUGGAUCAGACCAUUUAUCUGGGCGGUGUUCCUGUAGAGUCGGCACAUUCGGUGCAGAGAAAGGCCAAGGACGUGGCCUUGACGAACUUGACGGACUGUACUGUCAACCUCGUCCACAGUAUACCCCUCGGAGCGAUCCAUAUCAGGAACUUGAAGCGAUGCACCUUGGUCAUCCCGCCGGUCUCAGGAAGUAUCCUGCUGCACGACUGUGAAGGAUGUGUGCUAAUUGGAGCGUGUCAUCAGUCGCGUAUGCACACCUCCACAGAUAUGGAUAUCUACCUCCACGUUACAAGCGAGCCCAUCAUCGAGGACUGCACCGAAAUGCGCUUCGCUUCCUACCCAUACCAAGACCUCCUCCCUACAGACCAACUUCACCGUCUUUUCGCAGCUGUACAGCUGAACUCGGAUGUCAACUAUUACGACCGAGUCAAGGACUUUAACUGGCUGCGUCAGCAAAAGUCGCCAAACUGGCGAUUGCUUGAGCCCCAUGAGGUUCACAAUGAAAUUGCACAGACAGUCCUGGCAAAGGACGGUAUGGGGCCCGCCUGA